CUGACUUUUGACCAAUUGCUUUAGGGAAUAAGAAUGUGAAGCACAAGAAAGGGUCUGGAAUAUUCCUCUGGCUAUUCUGAGCCCAGACUGUGUAUUGGUUUGACCAGCAUAACAGCAGUGGCUCAGUGCUGGCUUGAAAAUGGCUACCAAGCACUUACCAUUGAGCCUCAGAAGAAGACACAGGACUAUGAUAUCUCGCUUUGGAUCAUCUUGAGGAGAAUGUUAUUGACUUGGCAGUUUUCUGAUGCUGAGGUGCAGGAGCGGUAUGGCUCAGAAAGCGUGGGUCAGCAUGCUGUUUCAGAACCGCAAAGCCCAGCUACUGUUGGUAAACUCACUGACUUUUGGCUUGGAAGUCUGUCUAGCUGCAGGCGUCACCUACGUGCCACCACUCUUGUUGGAAGUUGGAGUGGAGGAAAAGUUCAUGACCAUGGUUCUGGGGAUUGGGCCUGUUCUAGGUCUACUGUUCGUGUCUCUCAUUGGCUCUGCCAGCGACCACUGGCGCAGUAGCUAUGGCCGCCGCCGGCCUUUCAUCUGGGUCCUGUGUCUGGGAGUUUUGCUGAGCCUUCUGAUCAUACCUCAUGCUCAUCACCUGGCUAGCCUGGUUACUUUGAACACCCGCUCCCUGAAGAUAGCCUUUCUUAUCAUGGGCAUUGGCCUGCUUGACUUCUGUGGCCAAGUCUGCUUCACCCCCCUGGAGGCUCUUCUCUCGGAUCUCUUCCAGGAGCCAGACAACUGCCGGCAGGCCUUCUCCAUGUAUUCUCUCAUGAUCAGCCUAGGUGGCUGCAUUGGAUACCUGCUUCCAGCGAUCAAUUGGGACAGUAGCUUCCUGGCUCCUUACUUGGGGGGACAAGAAGAAUGCCUCUUCAGCCUCCUCACCAUCAUCUUUCUCAGCUGUGUCUUGGCCACUGCCUUUGUGACCGAGGAGGUGGUAACCAAGGCCGAAGUGCUGGCAAGCCCUGCUAUGAAGGACUCCUCCAUGCCCCCUCCCCUUAGCUGUUGCUCUUGCUGGGUUCCAAAGAGCUUUCUGAGGGUCCGGCAUUUGGUCCAGGCAUUUAAGAAUCUUUGCGCCUUGGCUCCGCACCUGCAUGGACUCUGCUGCCACAUCCCCAAGGUGAUCCAGCAGCUUUUCGUGGCUGAGCUGUGCAGCUGGAUGGCCCUCAUGACGUUCAUGCUGUUCUACACGGACUUUGUUGGGGAAGGGCUGUACCAGGGAGUUCCCAGAGCUGAGCCAGGCACAGAAGCCAGGCGAAACUACGAUGAAGGUAUUCGGAUGGGUAGCUUGGGCCUCUUUCUCCAGUGCGUCAUCUCCAUCUUCUUCUCAACAAUCAUGGACCGGAUGGUGAAGCAGUUUGGGACACGAAUGGUCUACCUCGCCAGUGUGGCCUUUUUCCCACUGACUGCCUUCAUCAUGUGCUUUUCACAGAGUGUCGUCAUUGUCACUGUUUCUGCUGCUCUAACCGGCUUCCCCUUCUCAGUGCUGCAGAUCCUGCCUUACACACUGGCAUCGCUUUAUCAUCAUGAAAAGCAGAUUUUUUUGCCUAAGUACAAAAGUAAAGAAGAAGACACAGCUCAACUGGACAAGAAGGCCAGUUUCCUCAAAAAUCACCUUUCUGGCCAGAAACUGACUUACCAGAAUGGACAUGGUGGGAGCCUCUUCUCCCCUCCUGUGGCUGGCUCCGCCCUUUGCGUCAGCUCACCUUGCGACGUCUCGCUCAGGAUGAUGGUGGGAGAAUCGGAUGCCGCAGCUGCAAGCCGAGGCAUCUGUUCCGACCUGGCCAUCUUGGACAGUGCUUUCCUCCUCUCUCAGGUCAUCCCAUCCCUCCUUCUGGGUUCGGUUGUUCAGUUCACGCAGUCGGUCACUGCUUAUAUGGCAUCUGCUGCUGGCUUUGGACUGGUGGCCAUUUACUUUGCGACCAAAGUUGUCUUUGACAAAAGUGAUAUGGCCAAAUAUUCAGUAUAGGAAGGGUGGGGAGAAAGAGACUAUGAAAAAAAAUUGUGCACAUUGUAAUGGAUAAUGUAGAACAGUCAACAAGGCACAUAUUGCCUUCUUUCUCUCUUCCCAGCUGUGUUGCAAUAAAACACGGUUAAAAACUCUGAAGGAAAA